AUGACCAUAGGUGGUCGUAUCUACACCGCUCACUUGCCCCAUAGCAAUUCAGUGUCCACCCAAAGUUCUGUCUUUACCAACAGCAGAGGGGAGCUUGAGGAGCGCGUGAUAGUUAAUGUAAAUGGAGAUGUGACUGUCUAUACAACUAUAAAUGGAGUAACCACUGCAACCGACGCGCAGGGCAACAUUCGCCCGGAUGGCGGACCUUUCCACAUCGGCUCUCAACCGAGGUUCUAUUAA